CCAAGGUCCAUAAUACCGUAUUAGAGAAAGAAGAAGUAUGAGUAUGAGGUUAUUUUGACACAACAACUAUAACCUAAAAGUUAUUUUUUGAUAAAUUUCAAACUGUAUUUGAAAAUUGAUUCUAUAUAAUAAAUACAUAAAAAGAUUGGUUUUAAAUAAAAAUGGCACACAAUAUUAAAAAACUGAGUGUUUCAAUGAGUAAAGCGGGAAUGCCAUUUCCAGUACCUACAAAGAUUAUUAGAUUUGUUAGGAAAGGUUGUACUAAUAGACCCUUUUUCCACAUAGUAGUUGCAGAUGCUAGAUCAGAUCAGCACGACCCUUCAAUAGAACAACUUGGAACUCAUGAUCCUUUCCCAAAUGAACACAAUGAAAAAUUAACAUCCUUAAACUUCGAAAGAAUUCGAUAUUGGUUAUCACAUGGAGCGAUUGCAACAAAUCCUGUUCUUGAAUUAUUAGGUCUUGCAGGAUUCUAUCCUAUUCACCCCAGGAGUUAUAUGACUGCUUGGAGAAACAGGGAAAAGGCAAAACAAGCUUCUGAAGCUGCUGAACAGACCAAAGAGGAGAAAAGUUAAUAACAUGUCAUUUACUUCUGUGUUGUGUGUACAUUUUAGUAUGUUUAAGUAGAUAUAAGUCUAUUAUUUUGUAAAAAGUCAUUAUAAACAUAUAAACUCAA